AGUUCCCUCUCUUUUGCGAGACGAACUGAAGGAAGGCAAGGCUCAAUCGAGAUCGAGAGCAAUCACAAUAGUCUGUGACCUAGUGAAACCGAAUAGCUGUUUUGUUCAGGUUUGCUAUAGUUUCUGUGAAGAUGUCAGUUCAGUUAACUCCUUCCAAGAGACCACAUGAUCGUAGCGUUAAAGAGCCAAAUGGUAAAAGGAAGUGGCAAAAAUCAGCAGGUUCUAUUUCACAGAAUGUACCAUUGAAAAUCUCUCCUGGCAGCGCGGCUUUCCGUGUGCUCUGCCCUGCUUCCAAGAUUGGUGGUGUUAUUGGAAAAGGUGGCCGCAUCAUAUCACAAAUACGUCGAGAAACUGGUGCAAAGGUCAAAGUUGAGGAAAAUGUCCGCGGAAGUGAUGAGAGAGUAAUCGUUAUUAUGGGUUCUGACAAAGAGAAUGAAGUUGACAGUGAGCGGAGCAAUGAGGAUGCUGAAGAGACUAAUACAGCUGAAGAGGUUGAUGAUGCAAAAGAACGUGGUGAGGAUGAUGAAGAUAAGCAAUCUGUUCCUGUAGAAAAUUUGCGAUCUGAUAAAGGAACUUCAUCUGUUGAGAAGGCUCUCUUUCUUGUUUUUGAAAGAAUAGUUGAAGGAGAAUUAGAGACGGACGGAGGGGAUAAAGAAAGUGAUAGGUCUUCAACAUUUGUUUUGAGGUUACUUGUGCUCUCUAGUCAAGUGGGCUGCCUUCUAGGAAAAGGUGGCAGCGUAAUCAAGCAAAUGUCAUCUGAAAGUGGGGCACAGAUUCGGAUUCUUCCCAGGGACAAACUACCUUCAUGUGCAUCUCCUGCUGAUGAACUGGUUCAGGUUACUGGUGCACCAGAUGCAGUUCGGAAAGCGCUUCAAUCUGUUUCUCAACAACUUCUAGAGAAUCCACCUCGCGACAAUGACACGUUUUCUGGCAAUCCUAGUGGUCCAUCCUCUCAUUCCCAUGGCAAUCCUCUUUCUAGGUCAGAAGUACACCCACCACCAAAUUAUCCUUUCCCUGCUCAAGGAGCACCUUAUGGUACUGGGCCCCGUAAUGGUGCUGAUUACCAUUUAACUACCCCGCCACUGAUAUCUAAAUUUCAUGAAAGUGGCAUUCCCGGCCGUGUAAAUUUAUCUCCAGAUAUCCUAACCUUUCGGUUAGUGUGUCAUGAUGAGGUGGUCGGUGGUGUAAUUGGAAAGGGCGGAACCAUAGUUAAAUCACUUCAGCAUGAGACUGGCUGUGAGAUCAAAGUUCUGGAUGGUGUAUCUGAUUCAGAGGACCGCAUUAUUGUCAUAUCUGGUCCAGUGCACCCGGAUGAUGGGGUAUCUGCCCCACAAGAUGCAGUUCUUCGUGUGCAGUCCAGGAUAUUUAGGGCUUCAUCUGAUAGCAAGGAGAAACCUAUAGCAAAAAUUCUUGUCUCCUCCAAUCAAAUUGGUUGCCUUCUUGGCAAGGGAGGUAGUGUUAUAGCCGAGAUGAGGAAGUCAACUGGGGCUCAUAUUCGUAUAUUGGGGAAGGAUCAGCUCCCUAAGGGUGCUUCAGAAAACGAAGAACUAGUUCAGAUAAAUGGGGAAUUUGAAACAGUUCAAGAGGCUCUUAUGCAGAUAACAACUAGGUUGCGGAAUCAUUUCUUCCGUGAUGCAUUUCCUUCUAUCAAUUUUCCUUCAAACCCUGCCUUUCCAGAUCAAGUAUCUUCAUUUCCUUCAUACAUGGGAAGAAGGGAAUUUUCACCUCCAGGAAUGUUUUCCAAUCGAGGCCUAUCAUUUCACAAGUUUGACGCUGUUGGUGGCCUGCCUCCACAUGGUGCUUUCCACCUACACGAUGAGCGCCCUUUUAUGCACAAUAUUCAUGGACCAGGCUUCCCCCCUCAUAUAUCUGAAAGAACAUCUUCAGCUCCGUGGGGUCCUCAGGGGCUAAUUGAAGGUGGUGGUCCAAUAGGCUUGCCGGACUAUGCAGGAGCUCCCCAACGAAGAAUUGGACUUGGAGGGGUAAGUCAUCAGGCUAUUAUCACAAACACCACUGUGGAAGUUGUCGUUCCUCGUUCUCUUGUUCCUGCAAUUUAUGGAGAGGAUGGUGGAUGCCUGCAGCAAAUUCGUGAGAUUUCCGAUGCAAAAAUUACCAUUACUGAUCCCAACCCUGGAGCAACAGAAACUGCAAUUAUAAUAUCCGGGACACCCGAGCAAACUCAUGCUGCACAGUCUCUUAUUCAAGCGUUCGUAAUUAGUGAGAGAGAGGGCGCUUGAUAAAUUUUUGUGAGCUGAAGAUUGCGAUGAUGGAGAAAUGAAGGACUUCAGCUGAAGAUCGUGGUGUCCAGAAACCCGUACUUGUUGUUUUGCAGUUUAAAUGAGUACCAGGUAAUUGAUAUUUAGUAGGGACAGGCUCAAGUUGCAGAGUAAUCUGAGCAUUCAUGGGAAGCAUUGUUAUCUGUUGUAUUUGAUGAGUUAUCUGAGCAAUCAAAUUGUACCUUUGGUGGUCAUGAAAUUCUAAAAAACGAAUGCUUUUGACUUGUAUAUUUUGACUGGGUGAAGAAUUCUUAUUGAGUGGGAAGGGAAAUUGCAUUCAAUGGGAAGGGAAAUUGCAUUUUCA